AUGGCGAGUGAAAAGUUGGUGCUUGCUGUGAUCAGGGCCGCGAGGCCAACAUUCCGCAAUCGACACGACAAAAUUGCCUUUGCCGUUCACUCCUCUUUCCUCGCCUCCGGCUAUGUCCUCACCGCCACGGGUCCCCAGGCCCUCUCCGACGAUGCCUUUUCUAACCCAUCGAAUGACGAGGUGUCCGCUGAUCACUGGAACGAGUUAAACGAUGAGUACGCGUUCGUUUACGCGAAUCCGGAAAAGGGUUCGGAGAAAGUGCUUGUUAAGUGUCUCGUCAUGAACGACAAUUUGCUCGUUCAUGCUUUGUCUCAAGGGUCUUCCGAGCCUUUAAGCCUCGAGAUUGGUGUUGGGGAUUAUGCUCGAGAGGACGGGGGCAGCAAUUAUGCUCAGCAGUUCAAGAAUUUGGAUAAGCUUGUGAAGAGAAUCGACGGGGAUAUCUUGUCUAAAUUAGAAGGUUCUGCUAAUGCCAACUCAUCAAGUAGAAGCUCAGAAACAAGGGACAUAACUAGACAAGAGAAACCUGAGCCUGUUGGUGGAUUUGGUGAACCUGCUGGUUCAACUCAAAUUAUUUUCCCUUCAGUUCCCAUUGGUUCUGGUAGUGAUCUUGUUCCUGGGCCUCCUGCUGGAGUGCUUCCUUCAAGGGGUGGUCAUGGCAUUGGUGGGAGCAUGCUUGUAGGGCCUAAUGACCCCAGAUGGUUUGGUGGUAUUGGUGGAGAUCCUGCUUUUCCUAGCGGAUUGCCGGGUGUUCCUCCGGGCGCGCGUUUUGAUCCUUAUGGUCCUCCUGGUGUUCCUGGUUUUGAACCCAACAGAUUUGCGAGGAACCCUAGGAGGCCAGGAUAUGAUGCUCAUCCAGAUUUGCAACAUUUUCGGAGAGAUGCCGAUUCAGACUACAUAUAG